AUGGACACUAUCUCGGCCAUGAGCAACCUUUCAGUUCCAUCAAAUGGCAGUCAGUCGUUUAUAAACAGCACCAACAAUACAACAUUCUUUACAACAUCGGUUCCCUAUGUCGACGACAGACUGGAAAAAGCGAAGAACAUCAUGUUCAACAUUCAGUAUGUUCUCUUGCCGUUUUUCCUCAUCACGGGACUGUUUGGAAACACGUUUACAAUCGUUACCAUGGCAUCUCGUCGGUUCCAGCAUCUGACCUCGAGAUACAUCCUUAUCUUUUUGGCUAUCUCCGAUACAGUCCUUCUUAUUACACAGCCGUUCAACAAACUAUGGGUCAUCAAACUUCUUGGGACCGACCUUCGAGCACUUUCUACCGCUUCAUGUAAAGCGUUCUUUGUCAUUUUCCGUUCAGCAAAAAUGACAUCCUCCUGGUUGGUAGUCAUGCUAUGUUUUGAACGAUUUGUCGCUGUUGUAUUCCCUCUCAAAGCGAAAACUAUCAUUAGGAAACGAUUCCUUUUGCCUGCCGUUGCCGCUGACUAUAUUGCCAACUUUGUCUACAAUUCUGUAUGGUCCUUUUCAUCAGGGGUGGUUGGCGGAAUCUGUAAGCCGGAUCUACCGAGCCUGAGACACAAAUACUUCGUAAUAAUCGGAUGUACAUUUUACUCAUUCAUCCCAACUGUGCUGUUAAUCAUUUUCACGCCACAGAUCAUCGUCAGAUUGGUCCGGCAGGCAAAAUUUCGCCGUCAACUGUCUAAAGUGGCAUCUACAUCGAAAUCGAUGAAGACUUCGGUCAAUGCCACAGUGUCGUCUCGCAGCAAGCAAGAGGAGGAGAUGAUGCGUGCAAGUAUUAUGGUUCUUGGAGUCAUGAUCGCGUACAUCGUCCUGAUUAUCCCAAUCACCACCGUACAUCUGUACUCGUUUGCCGCUGGAGUAAGUGCUUUCGACGAAAACAGUUACGGUUUCUUCAUCUACCGGGAAGUUGCACAGAUGCUGGAACAAAUCAAUUAUGCUGUGAAUUUCUUCUUCUAUGUUCUCUGUUCAAGUGCAUUUCGAGGUAGGGUGAAAGAACUCUUGUGUUUCAGCGAAUGUCGCGCAAAAAAUCCCAAAAGUCGUCAAGGUAACAGCCGUACGUCCUCGUUGAAAUUAUCAGCGGAAUCGUCAAAAUGUCAAGAAACGUAA